AUGCUUCAGGAUAUUGAUAGAGAACUCUGUAUAUGUAUAAUAUUCACAAUAACUGAAAAGAUUUGUGAACAAAUAAAUCAUAGUUUUCUUUAUCAUGCAACACAGGUUGAAUUCGAUAAAGUAGCUCAAAAUAAUUCAAAUGUAGAUAUUUCAUAUGAAAUAAGUUGUAUUGAUGAGGUUUUUGAUUUACCACAAGUCUUUAGUUUUUCUACAGAGUGGGUUCCUAUUGCAACUAAUGAAAUUACUAGGCUUUCUAAACAAGAUCAAGAAUUUGCACAACAAUAUUUGAAAGCAAAACAACAAUAUGCAAAAGUGUUUAAAAAAGAAAUUAGUUCUAUUUUUACUAAUGAUAAUAUGAAUAUUACUUCAUUAGAUGAAAGAGAAAGUAAAAAAGAGAAUGAAACUAAGGAAGUGCAAAAAAGAAGAAGUUCAGAAGUUAAUGUUGAAAAUCCUAUUGUAAAACAUUGA